AUGACCGAAGAUGAUUUAGGAAGUUAGAAUACACACUACCCGUAUGGAACAAAUCUGUCAUGUCCAAUGGUGGCACUAGGAACUUUUCACUGGGGCAGCUUGGUGUUUGCGAAGGGGUGCUUUCAAUCUAUGGUGUGCAUGUACUAAUGGUCUCUUGGGGGUGCUAGGCCUAUUUUUGAGGAGGCUUCAGCACUGCCAAGCCCCUCCCUGGAGCCGCCCGUUGCCAUCCCUUACCCUUUCUUUUAUGAUGGAUGUAACCAAGGAUUAUCUAUUAUAUUGACAAGAUAGUCGAGUGACCGCUCUAACAAUGGAAAUACAUCUCCUCAAAGAUGCAAGCACUGUACUGUCUUUGAUGGAAGCAGGCGGGAUGAGGAGAGAUCAGGUGGGACCAUUCUAGCCAAUGAGAGAGCAGAUACGCGUGUGAACAACAGGCACACCUCCGAUACAAUUUGUUAUUUUUUUUAAGUUGCCGAAAUGCCAUGUGCACCCAAUUUAUAUCAGUGCAUUCGUAACAACCUAACCAUUACGAAACUUAUAUUCGAUUAAAUAUGCCUCACAUAGCAAAGGCGCAAUUACUAUUUUUGGUUGACCAAAUUCUACACUCUCAUUGACAACCAUACAAAAAUUAUCCAGCUAGCACAUAACGUUCUGAGAACCAUAUGUUUCUUAGAGCUUGGUGAGAGUGUGGUUGUCCUAUGGGUAUUUUGCAUACAGCCAUCCCACAACAUCCUGGGAAUGGUGCAGGAUGAUUGCUUGGCUUUGGAACAUUCAGCACGUUUAAGGAACUUGACAAAAAAAAGUAUUGUUAUUUCAUUACUUGAACAGAAUGUUUCCUAAAAGUUCAAACAUGGUUACAUUUAAUUUAACAUUUUUGUAAUGUUCUAGGAAUGUUCUCCAACUGUUUUGAAAUUGGGAAUGUUCUCAAAUAAUUUAGUUAAGAGAACAUUAAGAAACAACGUUCUUCUGUAAAAAUGUCAGUACUUCAGCAUAACCUUUCCUACAAAUUUACUCAUGGUUCUAUUUAAAGGAAUGUUCUCAAAUGGUUCCAAGAAAGUAAAGAAACAACGUUAUUCUGUGGGAAUUUCAGUACUUCAGCAUAAUGUUUCCUACAAGUUUCCUCAUGGUUCUAUUUAAAGUUCAGAGAACGUUCUAAGAAUGAUAUUUAAAAACAUACAUUCCGUUCUCAGAACUUGAAGAAAACUUUCAAUAAAAAACACAAACGUUAUAAGAAUGUUAUUUAAAAACUUAUACAUUCUAUUCUCCGCAUCAACAAAACUCUCUGUCCUCAUCUUGUUAAGUGUGUUCGCCGCACCCACUAAUUGGCCACACCGGAUUUGAAUGCAGCGGUUCCCAAACUAGGGGUCGCCUGAUAUGAAAAUGGGGUCGCGGGAGAAUAUAUAUAUAUAUAUAUACAGUGGGGAAAAAAAGUAUUUAGUCAGCCACCAAUUGUGCAAGUUCUCCCACUUAAAAAGACGAGAGAGGCCUGUAAUUUUCAUCAUAGGUACACGUCAACUAUGACAGACAAAUUGAGAAAAGAAAAUCCAGAAAAUCACAUUGUAGGAUUUUUUAUGAAUUUAUUUGCAAAUUAUGGUGGAAAAAAAGUAUUUGGUCACCUACAAACAAGCAAGAUUUCUGGCUCUCACAGACCUGUAACUUCUUCUUUAAGAGGCUCCUCUGUCCUCCACUCGUUACCUGUAUUAAUGGCACCUGUUUGAACUUGUUAUCAGUAUAAAAGACACCUGUCCACAACCUCAAACAGUCACACUCCAAACUCCACUAUGGCCAAGACCAAAGAGCUGUCAAAGGACACCAGAAACAAAAUUGUAGACCUGCACCAGGCUGGGAAGACUGAAUCUGCAAUAGGUAAGCAGCUUGGUUUGAAGCAAUCAACUGUGGGAGCAAUUCUUAGGAAAUGGAAGACAUACAAGACCACUGAUAAUCUCCCUCGAUCUGGGGCUCCACGCAAGAUCUCACCCCGUGGGGUCAAAAUGAUCACAAGAACGGUGAGCAAAAAUCCCAGAACCACACGGGGGGACCUAGUGAAUGACCUGCAGAGAGCUGGGACCAAAGUAACAAAGCCUACCAUCAGUAACACACUACGCCGCCAGGGACUCAAAUCCUGCAGUGCAAGACAUGUCCCCCUGCUUAAGCCAGUACAUGCCCGGCCCGUCUGUAGUUUGCUAGAGUGCAUUUGGAUGAUCCAGAAGAGGAUUGGGAGAAUGUCAUAUGGUCAGAUGGUAAAAACUCAACUCGUCGUGUUUGGAGGAUAAAGAAUGCUGAGUUGCAUCCAAAGAACACCAUACCUACUGUGAAGCAUGGGGGUGGAAACAUCAUGCUUUGGGGCUGUUUUUCUGCAAAGGGACCAGGACGACUGAUCCGUGUAAAGGAAAGAAUGAAUGGGGCCAUGUAUCGUGAGAUUUUGAGUGAAAACCUCCUUCCAUCAGCAAGGGCAUUGAAGAUGAAACGUGGCUGGGUCUUUCAGCAUGACAAUGAUCCCAAACACACCGCCCGGGCAACGAAGGAGUGGCUUCGUAAGAAGCAUUUCAAGGUCCUGGAGUGGCCUAGCCAGUCUCCAGAUCUCAACCCCAUAGAAAAUCUUUGGAGGGAGUUGAAAGUCCGUGUUGCCCAGCGACAGCCCCAAAACAUCACUGCUCUAGAGGAGAUCUGCAUGGAGGAAUAGGCCAAAAUACCAGCAACAGUGUGUGAAAACCUUGUGAAGACUUUUGACCUGUGUCAUUGCCAACAAAGGGUAUAUAACAAAGUAUUGAGAAACUUUUGUUAUUGACCAAAUACUUAUUUUCCACCAUAAUUUGCAAAUAAAUUCAUAAAAAAUCCUACAAUGUGAUUUUCCUGAUAUUUUUUUCUCAUUUUGUCUGUCAUAGUUGACGUGUACCUAUGAUAAAAAUUACAGGCCUCUCUCAUCUUUUUAAGUGGGAGAAGUUGCACAAUUGGUGGUUGACUAAAUACUUUUUUUCCCCACUGUAUAUAUAUAAACUACGGGUCAAAAGUUUUAGAAUACUCAUUCAAGGGUUUUUCUUUAUUUUUACUAUUUUCUACAUUGUAGAAUAAUAGUGAAGACAUCAAAACUAUGAAAUAACACAUAUGGAAUCAUGUAGUAACCAAAAACAAAUCAAAAUAUAUUUUAUAUUUGAGAUUCCUCAAAUAGCCACCCUUUGCCUUGAUGACAGCUUUGCACACUCUUGGCAUUCUCUCAACCAGCUUCAUGAGGUAGUCACCUGGAAUGCAUUUCAAUUAACUUUUUUUGUGGAAUUUCUUUCAUUCUUAAUGCGUUUGAGCCAAUCAAUUGUGUUGUGACAAGGUAGGGGGGGUAUAUAGAAGAUAGCCCUUAUUUGGCAAAAUACCAAGUCCAUAUUAUGGCAAGAACAGCUCAAAUAAGCAAAGAGAAACGACAGUCCAUCAUUACUUUAAGACAUGAAGGUCAGUCAAUACGGAAUAUUUCAAGAACUUUGAAGUUUCUUCAAGUGCAGUUGCAAAAACCAUCAAGCGCUAUGAUAAAAUUGGCUCUCAUGAGGACCGCCACAGGAUUGGAAGACCCAGAGUUACCUCUGCUGCAGAGGAUAAGUUCAGUAGAGUUACCAGCCUCAGAAAUUGCAGCCCAAAUAAAUGCUUCACCGAGUUCAAGUAACAGACACAGCUCAACAUCAACUGUUCAGAGGAGACUGUGUGAAUCAGGCCUUCAUGGUCGAAUUGCUGCAAAGAAACCACUACUAAAGGACACCAAUAAGAAGAAGAGACUUGCUUGGGCCAAGAAACACGAGCAAUGGACAUUAGAACGGUCCUUUGGUCAGGAGUCCAAAUUAUAGAUUUUUGGUUCCAACCGCUGUCUUUUGUGAGAUGCGGUGUGGGUGAACGGAUGAUCUCCGCAUGUGUAUUUCCCACCGUAAAGCAUGUAGGAGGAGGUGUUAUGGUGUGGGGGUGCUUUGCUGGUGACACAGUCUGUGAUUUAUUUAGAAUUCAAGGUGCACUUAACCAGCAUGGCUACCACAGCAUUCUGCAGCGAUACGCCAUCCCAUCUGGUUUGGGCUUAGUGGGACUAUCAUUUGUUUUUCAACAGGACAAUGACCCAACACACCUACAGGCUGUGUAAGGGCUAUUUGACCAAGAAGGAGAGUGAUGGAGUGCUGCAUCAGAUGACCUGGCCUCCACAAUCCCCCGACAUCAGCCAAAUUGAGAUGGUUUGGGAUGAGUCGAACCUCGGAGUGAAGUAAAAGCGGCCAACAAGUGCUCAGCAUAUGUGGGAACUCCUUCAAGACUGUUGGAAAAGCAUUCCAGGUGAAGCUGGUUGAGAGAAUGCCAAGAGUGUGCAAUGCUGUCAUCAAGGCAAAGGGUGGCUAUUUGAAGAAUCUCCAAUAUAAAAUAUAUUUUGAUUUGUUUAACACUUUUUUUGGUUACUACAUGAUUCCAUAUGUGUUAUUUCAUAGGUUUGAUGUCUUCACUAUUAUUCUACAAUGUAGAAAAUAGUGAAAAUAAAGAAAAACCCUUGAAUGAGUAGAUGUUCUAAAACUUUUGACCGGUAGUGUGUAUGUGUGUAUGUGUGUAUGUGUGUAUGCAUAUAUAUACUGAACAAAAAUAGAAACGCAACAAUUUCAAAGAUUUUACUGAGUUACAGUUCAUAUAAGGAAAUCAGUCAAUUGAAAUGAAUUCAUUAGGCCCUAAUCUAUGGAUUUCAAAUGACUGGGAAUACAGAUAUGCAUAUGUUGGUCACAGAUACCUUAAAAUAAAAAAUAAAACCAGUCCGUUUCUGGUGUGACCCCCCCAUUUGCCUCAUGCAGCGCAACACAUCUCCUUCGCAUAGAGUUGAUCAGGCUGUUGAUUGCGGCCUGCGGAAUGUUGUCGACUCCUGUUCAAUGGCUGUGCUAAGUUGCUGGAUAUUGGCUGGAACUGGAACAUACUGUCGUACACAUCGAUCCAGAGCAUCCCUAACAUGCUCAAUUGGUUACAUUUCUGGUGAGUAUGCAGGCUGUGGAAGAACUGGGACAUUGUUAGCUUCAAGGAAUUGUGUACAGAUCCUUGCGACAUGGGGCUGUGCACUAUCAUGCUGAAACAUGAGGUGAUGGCGAUGGAUGAAUGGCACGACCAUGAAUUCAAAUUGCCAUUGAUAAAAUGCAAUUGUGUUUUUUGUCCUUAGCUUAUGCCUGCCCAUUCCCUAACCCCACCGCCACCAUGGGGCACUGUUCACCACGUUGACAUCAGCAAACCGCUCGCCCACAAGACGCCAUACACGUGGUCUGCAGUUGUGAGGCCGGUUGGAUGUACUGCCAUAUUCUCUAAAACGAAGUUGGAGGCGACUAAUUGUAGAGAAGUUAACACUCAAUUAUCUGGCAACAGCUCUGGUGGACAUUCCUGCAGGCAGCAUGCAAAUUGCAUGCGCCCUCAACUUGAGACAUCUGUGGCAUUGUGUUGUGUGACAGAACUGCACAUUUUAGAGUGGCCUUUUAUUGUCCCCCAGCACAAGGUGCACCUGUGUAACGAUCAUGCUGUUUAAUCAACUUCUUGAUAUGCCACACCUGUCAGGUGGAAGGAUUAUCUUGGCAAAGGAGAAAUGCUCACUAACAGGGAUGUAAACAAAUUUGCACACCAAAUUUGAGAGAAAUACACUUUUUGUGUGUAUGGGGGAAAAUUCUGGGAUCUUAUGUACAUGCGCCGAAUACAACCGGUGUAGACCUUACAGUGAAAUGCUUACUUACAAGCCCUUAACCUCAAUGCAGUUUUAGACCAUGAUAGUUUGUUGGGGAUGUGGACACCACACUUUACAAGUUGUGUUUAUAUUUUUGUUGAGUGUAUAUAAUAUCAUCUUUGUCUCUCAAAAUCAUUGUAAUGUGGUUAACCUUAAAAAUCUAAAUCAAAAUUAUUCAAACCUUAAAGGUGAAAUUCAACCAGAGAGCGCCCUUAGAUCGUGGGAAAAGGCUGCACUUGACCGGUGCACUUCAAUCAUUCCCACGGUGAAUGGCUAAACCCACUACGCUAUGAAACGACACACUAUCGCAGAGACUGAUAUUAACGGCCGCAAUUGAUAUGGUGAAAACAAUGUGUGGGGAGACCGAGGCACAGAAACUCACAUCAAUACCUUUGUCAGAUAACACUGUGAAUCUUAAGAAUAACUGUGAGGGCCGAGAUGCCCGUGCAUUGACUUUUGUUUGCUACAUGUCAGGGGAUGCUAUUCACGAGGACAUAUUCCGUGUCACGAUUCCCGAGCAUGAAAUGGCACAGGGGAUGUUCAGUGUGCUGCGUAGCUAUAUUGCCGAAAAACUGACUCCAUGGGAUUAAAUAGUGGGCUUUUGCACAGAUGGGGCUCCAUCUAUCACGGGACUGCGGGCAAGCCUCUGCCCUCAAGUUAUGAAUGUGUCUCUCUCUGCCAUAUGGAUACAUUUUAUGAUACACCCACUGAGCUAUAAUGGAUACACCGAGAGCAAUUAGCAGCAAAAGAGCUGAGUGCAGAACUCGGAGAUAUGAAGCAGGUAACUUAGAUUGUAAACUCCUUUGCACACCCCUAUUCCCAAAACUAUGUGGUGAUAUGGGAUCAGAGCAUGACAAUGUUCUAUUUCACACCGAGGCUUGGUGGUUAUCGAGGGGGAGUGUUGAAAAAAUUAAAAUCAUUGAGAGUAAAAAAAAACAAUGGAUGUAAAAAAAAAAACUGACUUAGUUGACUUUCUGUAUAAUGAAAACCGCAAGCAUGCAGGGGAAAUACAAAAAAAAUUCUGCAGAUGAGUGACCGAAUCAGGGAAAUCCGUUUGACUAUGAUCCUGGCUCAGUUGCCAUGCCGGUAAGUGAAAUCGAACUGCUGAUUGAGCUGUCAUGUGACCGAAUGCUGCAGACAACGCAUUCAUGGGUCAUCUAUGGAGGAGUUUUGGUUCCUGACUCAAAGGGAAUACUGUACCGAGCAUUAAAACUCAUGGUACGCUGAUUCAGUGCCCUCCUCUGCAUUUAAAAACAAAUAUCGAUCCAGGUUGGAUGUGACAGGAGAGAUGAGGUGCGCACUGUAGACCACACCCCCUGAUUUUGAGAACUCCGACGUGACAUGCAUCAAGCACACCCAUCUUAUUUUCAGAUUAAUUUGCAAUUGACUGUCAUAGCCCCACAUUAAAAGUAUAUGAUUGUGAGUUGAGAAUACAAUCAGAAAUACUGUUGUAAUGUUUUGAAAUGACUGCCAUAGCCCCAGUUAAAAAAGUAAACAAAUGCUUUUCACAUGGUUGGGGUCGCGAGAAUUUUCCAAUAUCAGUGGGCCAAAAAGGUUGGGGAACUAUUGUCUUAUUGAGUGCUUGUUUCCUUUGAAAUGGGGUCUGUUAUAUACUAAAAUGAGAUGGCUUUGUAUGUGUAAAAAACAUGACAUGCCAGCUCCAUCCUGGUGGCGCAGUGGACUAAUUCCAUGGAUAGAGAACAGAAAAUCAUAGGUUGAAAUCUCACUGAUUUGCAUGAUUAAUGCCUAAGGAAAUGAAUUUCCAUGUGUCCUAUCUGUGCUUGGAGUUCAAAAAAGUUAACGCAAACUAAGCUAGCAGUCGCCAUUUCUCCCAUAAUUAAUUUUACCGACACCAUAUCGAAAUAACAAAUUAUCUGUCGACAUUUAUAAAAUUGUACUGAAACAAUUUGUUUCCAUCAAAGCUGUCGUGAUUUUUUUUUUUUAUAUGGGAUGACUUUACUCGCAUAACUGGAUGGAAGCGUGGUUAGUGUUAUUAAAAGUCGUAUUGAAAUAUUUAGUAAGUUAAGGAAGUUAUUAAAAAAACUCAAAAUAACAUAUAAUUUCUGUUCAAAUAGCGUUAAUAAAACCUCCCAGGAAAUCUUUCAAGGAACCAGAGUAAAACGUUCGCAGAACCUCCCUGCAACCAAAAAAUAUACGUUCCCAAAACAGGCAAAAAAAUAUUCACUUCUGUAAUCAGAAUGAUAAAAAAAAGUUCAGUUUUACCUGUCAGGAAACUUAUGGCUUCCUUCCCACAACCAAUGUGAAACCAAAAACAUACAUUCUCACAACUUCCAAGGAACCAAAUGUGAUAGCUGGGUCCUCACUUCCUGGUCUUAUUUUCAGGGACAGAUUUAGUAAACAGUCUUGCUUUGCCUCUUUCUCUCUGAUGUAACCUAAGGAGCCUUUGACUCCUCCCUUUAUCGCCCUUGCAGCAAACCUGAAAAAAGCAGAGCUUACCAUGCAAACAAGACAAUUUCAGUUGGAUUGGGUGAUAAAAGUACCUGGAUUUCAUUCUAGAAGUCUUACAUUAUCUGCAUUUUCUGUCUUUAGAAUGGACAAUCAGCCACAUGGUAUUUUCUGAAUUAAGAACACUGCAGUCACAACUUUUUUGCUUUACCUUUGAGAAUCUAAGAUGUAAAUGUAAAUGUGGACAACACAUCUGACAUAUCAACAGACUGUGACAUUACAAACUCAGUUUUUUGGCAUAAGCAUAUUUUAUCAUGGAGUGGAGACAUGUUUUGUUUAGUUCAGAGCAGUCGAGGCUGGUGUCACUGGUUCAGAGAUAUUAAGUGGACUUUAAUGGUAAACAAACUAGGAUUCAUAUCAUAUCAGCAAUGGCAUUAUUUGGAGGAAUUCAAUUUGAGGGAAACAUUAACCUAUAGGUAUGGGGAGGGGCAUUGAAAGGUCCUGGUUAUGUUACGGUGUGGUUGGGUGUUUUCCACCAAUUUUCAUUUUUUGAUAAUUUGAGUCAUAGGUCAUCAUGGGUCACACCAUUGCCCUGCUGUCAUUGCACAGAAGAACAGAGGGGCCCUGGACCACACAAUUUACUGCUUCUUUACCACCUUUCCUGUGUGGAAUGACAUUGUUUCAAUCUUGUCUGUCAGCCAGGUGUCUUCUAGUCAAAUUUAGUCAGGUAGUUCCAACAAGGAGUUCCACUAUCAGUCUGUUUACAUGACAGUUAAUCUGUCACUCAACUGCUUUAACACAUUUUAGAGACAAAAGGAUUUAUAUAUAUUUUUAUUGAUAUACACUGAACAAAAAUAUAACCGCAACAUGUAAUGUGUUGGUCCCAUGUUUCAUGAGCUGAAAUAUAAGAUCCCAGAAAUGUUCCAUACUUACAAAAUACUUAUUCCUCUUAAAUUGUGUGCACAAAUUUGUUUACAUCCCUGUUAGUGAGCAUUUCUUCUUUGCCAAGAUAAUCCAUCCACCUAACAGGUGUGGCAUAUCAAGAAGCUUUAAACAGCAUGAUCAUUACACAGGUGCACCUUGUGCUGCGGACUAUAAAAGGCCACUCUAAAAUGUACAGUUUUGUCACACAACACAAUGCCACAGAUGUCUAAAGUUUUCAGGGAGUGUGCAAUUGGCAUGCUGACUGCAGGAAUGUCCACCAGAGCUGUUGCCAGAGAAUUGAAUGUUCAUUUCUCUACCAUAAGCAACCUCCAACGUUGUUUUAGAGAGUUUGGCAGUACGUCUAACUGGCCUCACAACCACAGACCACGUGUAUGGCUUUGUGGGUGAGUGGUUUGCUGAUGUCAACGUUGUGAACAGAGUGCCCCAUGGUGGCGGUAGAUUAUGGUAUGGGCAGGCAUAAGCUACGGACAACGAACACAAUUGUAUUUUAUCGAUGGCAAUUUGAAUGCGCAGAGAUACCGGGACGAGAUCCUGAGGCCCAUUGUCAUGCCAUUCAUCUGCUGCCAUCACCUCAUGUUUCAGCAUGAUAAUGCAUGGCCCCAUGUCGCAAGGAUCUGUACACAAUUCCUGGAAGCUAAGAAAAUGUCCCAGUUCUUCCAUGGCCUGCAUACUCUCCAGACAUGUCACCCAUUGAGCAUGUUUGGGAUGCUCUGGAUCGACGUGUACGACGACGUGUUCCAGUUCCCGCCAAUAUCCAGCGACUUUGCACAUCCAUUGUGGCCUGUGGAAUGUUGUCCCACUCCUCUUCAAUCAACAGCCGGAUCAACUUUAUGCGAAGGAGAUGUGCCGCGCUGCAUGAGGAAAAUGGUGGUCACACCAGAUACUGACUGGUUUUCUGAUCCACGCCCCUACCUUUAUUUAAGGUAUCUGUGAGCAACAGAUGAAUAUCUGUAUUCCCAGUCAUGUGAAAUCCAUAGAUUAGGGCCUAACAAAUGUAUUUCAAUUGACUGAUUUCCUUAUAUGAACUGUAACUCAGUAAAAUCCUUGAAAGUAUUCUGAUCCCUUGACUUUUUCCACAUCUUGUUACGUUACAGCCUUAUUCUAAAAUGGAUUGUAUUUGGUAUUUUAUUAGGAUCCCCAUUAGCUGUUUCAAAAGUAGCAGCUACUCUUCCUGGGGUCCACACAAAACAUGAAACAUGACAUAAUACAGAACAUUAAUAGACAAGAACAGCUCAAGGACAGAACUACAUAAAAACAUUUUCUAAAGGCACAUGUAGCCUACAUAUCAAUACAUACACACAAACGAGAUAGGUCAAAUAGGGGAGGUGUUGUGCCGUGAGGUGUUGCUUUAUCUGUUUUUUGAAACCAAGUUUGCUGUUUAUUUGAGCAAUAUGAGAUGGAACGGAGUUCCGUGCAAUAAGGGCUCUAUAUAAUACUGUACGCUUUCUUGAAUUUGUUUUGGAUUUGGGGACUGUGAAAAGACCCCUGGUGGCAUGUCUGGUGGGGUAAGUGUGUGUGUCAGAGCUGUGUGUAAAUUGACCAUGCAAACAUUUGGGGAUUUUUAACACAUGAAAAUAACAAGUGAUGCAGUCAGUCUCUCCUCAACUCUUAGCCAAGAGAGAAUGGCAUGCAUUGAAUUUAUAUCAGCCCUCUGAUUACAAUGAAGAGCAAGAUGUGCCGCUCUGUUCUGUGCCAGCUGCAGCUUAACUAGGUCUUUCCUUGCAGCACUCGACCAGCCGACUGGACAAUAAUCAAGAUGAGACAAAACUAGAGCCUGCAGAACUUGAUUUUUGGAGUGUGGUGUCAAAAGCAGAGCAUCUCUUUAUUACGGACAGACCUCUCCCAAUCUUUACAACCAUUGAAUCUACAGUGCCUUCAAAAUGUAUUCAGAUCCCUGAAAUACCUUAUUUACAUACCACAGGUGCAUCCUGUUUCCAUUGAUCAUCCUUGAUAUGUUUCUACAACUUGAUUGGAGUCCACCUGUGGUAAAUUCAAUUGAUUGGACAUGAUUUGGAAAGGCACACACCUGUGCAAAAAACCUGAAGGUCGAAGGAAUUGUCCGUAGAACUCUGAGACAGGAUUGUGUCGAGGCACAGAUCUGGGGAAGGGUACCAAAAAAGGUCCCCAAGAACACAGUGGCCUCCAUCAUAUACUUAUAUGGAAAAAGUUUGGAACCACCAAGACUCUUCCUAGAACUGGCUGUCUGGCCAAACUGAGCAAUUGGGGGAGAAGGGCCUUGGUCAGGGAGGUGACCAAGAACUCGAUGGUCACUCUGACAAAGCUCCAGAGUUCCUCUGUGGAGAUGGGACCAUCUCUGCAGCACUCCACCAAUCAGGCCUUUGUGGUAGAGUGGCCAGACAGAAGCCACUACUCAGUAAAAGGCACAUUACAGCCCGCUUGGAGUUGGCCAAAAGGCACCUAAAGACUCUCAGACCAUCAGAAACAAGAUUCUCUGCUCUAAUGAAACCAAGAUUGAACACUUUGGCCUGAAUGCCAAGUGUCACGUCUGGAGGAAACCUGGCACCAUCCCUACGGUGAAGCAUGGUGGUGGCAGCAUCAUGCUGUGGGGAUGUUUUUCAGCAGCAGGGACUGGGACACUACUCAGGAUCGAGGGAAAGAUGAACGGAGCAAAGUACAGAGAGAUCCUUGAUGAAAACCUGCUCCAGAGCGCUCAGGAUCUCAGACUGUGGUGAAGGUUCACCUUCCAACAGGACAACGACCUUAAGCACACAGCCAAGACAACGCAGGAGUGGCUUCGGCAUAAGUCUCUGAAUGUCCUUGAGUGGCCCAGCCAGAGCCCGGACUUGAACCUGAUCGAACAUCUCUGGAGAGACCUGAAAAUAGCAGUGCAGCAAUGAUCCCCAUCCAACCUGACAGAGCUUGUUUAUUUUCUAAAAACCUGUUUUUGCUUUGUCAUUAUGAGGUAUUGUGUGUAGAUUGAUGAGGGAAAAAAACAAUUUAAUCAAUUUUAGGAUAAGGCUGUAACGUAACAAAAUGUGGAAAAAGUCAAGCGGUCUGAAUCCUUUCCGAAUGCACUGUAUAUGUUUUGACCAUGACAGUUUACAAUCUAAGGUAAUGCCAAGUAAUUUAGUCUCCUGAACUUGUUCAACAGCCACACCAUUCAUUACCAGAUUCAGCUGAGGUCUAGAACUUAGGGAAUGAUUUGUACCAAAUACAAUGCUCUUAGUUUUAGAGAUGUUCAGGACCAGUUUAUUACUGGCCACCCAUUCCAAAACAGACUGCAAUUCUUUGUUAAGGGUUUCAGUGACUUCAUUAGCUGUGGUUGCUUAUCCGUAUAUGGUUGAAUCAUCAACGUACAUGGACACACAUGCUUUGUUUAAUGCCAGUGGCAGGUCAUUGGUAAACGUAGAAGAGUAGAGGGCCUAGAGAGCUGCCCUGCGGUACACCACACUUUACAAGUUUGACAUUAGAGAAGCUUCCAUUAAAGAAAACCCUUUGAGUUCUAUUAGACAGAUAGCUCUGAAUCCACGAUAUGGCAGAGGUUAAAAAGCCAUAACACCAUUUUUUUAAACAACAGGUUAUGGUCAACAAUAUCGAAGGCUGCACUGAAAUCUAACAGUACAGCUCCCACAAUCUUCUUAUUAUCAAUUUAUUUCAACCAAUCAUCAGUCAUUUGUGUCAGUGAAGUAAGUGUUGAGUGCCCUUCUCUAUAAGCAUGGGGAAAGUCUGUUGUUAAUUUAUUUACAGAGAAAUAGCAUUGUAUUUGGUAAAACACAUUUUUUCCAACAGUUUGCUAAGAGCUGGCAGCAAGCUUAUAGGUCUGCUGUUAGAACCAGUAAAGGCCGCUUUACCAUUCCUGGGUAGCGGAAUUACUUUAGCUUCCCUCCAGGCCUGAGGACAAAGACUUUCCUCUAUGCUCAGAUUAAAGAUAUGACAGAUAGGAGAGGCUAUAGAGUCAGCUACCAUCCUCAGUAGCUUUCCAUCUAAGUUGUCAAUGCCAUGAGGUUUGUCAUUAUUGAUCGAUAACAAUAAUUUUUUCCACCUCUCCCACACUAACUUUACAAAAUUCAAACUUGCAAUGCUUUUCUUUCAUUAUUUGUUUUUCUAUGCAUGAAUACGAUGCCUCAGUGUUCGCUGUUGGCAUUUCCUGCCUAAGUUUGCCCACUUUGCCAAUGAAGUAACCAUUACAAUAAUUGGCAACAUCAAAUGGUUUUGUAAUUAAUAAGCCAUCUGAUUCGAUGAAAGAUGGAGUUGAAUUUGUCUUUCUGCCCAUCAUUUCAUUUAAAGUACUCCAAAGUUUUUAUUCCAUCAUUCUUUAUAUCAUUGAUCUUGGCUUCAUAAUACAGUUUCUACUUUUUGUUGAGUUUAGUCACAUCAUUUCUCAAUUUGCAGUAAGUCAGUCAGUCAGAUGUGCAGCCAGACUUAUUAGCCACUCCUUUUGCCCCAUCUCUUUCAACCAUACAGUUUUUCAAUUCCUCAUCAAUCAAUGGAGCAUUAACAGUUCUAACAGUCAGUUUCUUAACAGGUGCAUGUUUAUCAAUAUUUGGAAGAAGCAUUUCAUAAAUUAAUCAAGUGCAGCGUCUGGAUGCUCCUUAUUAAUCACAUCAGACCAACAAAUAUUUUUAAAAUCAUCCACAUAAGAGUCACAGCAAAAUCUUGUGUAUGAUCUCUUAAACACUAUUUUAGGCCCAGCAUUUGGAACUUUGGCUUUCCUGGCUAUAGCCACUAUAUUGUGAUCACUGCAUCCAAUGGGUACGGAUACAGCUUUAGAACAAAGUUCUACAGUAUUAGUAAAAAUGUGAUUGAUACAUGUGGAUGGUCUUGUUCCUGUGGUGUUUGUAAACACCCUGGUAGGUUGAUUAAUAACCUGAACCAGAUUACAGGCACUGGGUACAGUGAGAAGCUUCCUCUUGAGCGGACAACUUGAUGAAAACCAGUCCAUAUUCAGGUCCCCAAGAAAGUAGACCUCUCUGUUUACAUCACAUAUACUAUCAAGCAUUUCACACACAUUAUAUAGAUGCUGACUGUAAGCACUUGGUGGCCUAUAGCAACACCCUAAAAUAAUAGGCUUUAGAUGAGGCAGAUAAACCUGCAACCACAACACUUCAAUAACACUUGACAUGAGAUCUUCUCUGAAUACAUACAGCAACAGCUCCCCCAUAGGCAUUCCUGUCUCUUCUGUAGAUAUGAUUUCCUUGUAUUGCUACUACUGUAUCAUCAAAUGAAUUAUUAAAGUGAGUCUCAGAAAUGGUUAAUAUUAAUGUUAUCUGAUGUUCACAGGUUAUUGAUUUCAUUAACCUUAUUUCUAAGACUACAUAUAUUAAUAUGGUCUAUUUUCAGCCCUUUCCUGGGUAGCUUAUCAGAGAUAGACAUAAUACUGAAAAGAGCAAACAAAGCAAGAGAAAAAAAUAUACAUUCAGCAGUGCAUUAAUGAAUUGGUGUGUGUGUGUGUGUGCUGCGGGGUUGAAGCUACGAGCCCGUAGGCUUGGCUCUCUCAUCCCUUCCAGGCUUCUGGGAGGGAGGGUGGACAAUGAGCCUGUCAUAGUGGAUGUAAACAAUAUCGCCACGCGCUCUGGCAGCUUUCAUGGCUGGGAUAAGUUAUUUCCUCUUCUGGCGCACAGCUUCAGGAUAGUCCUCAUUGAGGAAGAUAUACAGUACCAGUCAAACGUUUGGACACACAUUUACAUUACAUUUACAUUUUAGUCAUUUAGCAGACGCUCUUAUCCAGAGCGACUUACAGGAGCAACACCUACUCAUUGAAUGGUUUUUCUUUAUUUUUACUAUUUUCUACAUUGUAGAAUAAUAGUGAAGACAUCAAAACUAUGAAAUAACACAUAUGGAAUCAUGUAGUUACCAAAAAAGUGUUAAACAAAUCAAAAUAUAUUUUAUAUUUGAGAUUCUUCAAAUAGCCACCCUUUGCCUUGAUGACAGCUUUGCACAAUCUUGGCAUUCUCUCAACCAGCUUCUUGAGGUAGUCACCUGGAAUGCCUUUCAAUUAACAGGUGUGCCUUCUUAAAAGUUAAUUUGUGGAAUUUCUUUCCUUCUUAAUGCGUUUGAGCCAAUCAGUUGUGUUGUGAGAAGGUAGGGGGGGUAUACAGAAGAUAGCCCUAUUUGGUAAAAGACCAUAUUAUGGCAAGAACGGCUCAAAUAAGCAAAGUGAAACGACAGUCCAUCAUUACUUAAGACAUGAAGGUCAGUCAAUCCGGAACAUUUCAAGAACUUUGAAGUUUCUUCAAGUGCAGUUGCAAAAACCAUCAAGUGCUAUGAUGAAAUUGGCUCUCAUGAGGACCGCCACAGGAAUGAAAGACUCAGAGUUACCUCUGCUGCAGAGGAUAAGUAUAUUAGAGUUACCAGCCUCAGAAAUUGCAGGCCAAAUAAAUGCUUCACAGAGUUCAAGUAACAGACACAGCUCAACAUCAACUGUUCAGAGGAGACUGUGUGAAUCAGGCCUUCAUGGUCGAAUUGCUGCAAAGAAACCACUACUAAAGGACACCAAUAAGAAGAAAGGCACACACCUGUCUAUAUAAGGUCCCACAGUUGACAAUGCAUGUCAGAGCAAAAACCAAGCCAUGAGGUUGAAGGAAUUGUCCGUAGAGCUCCGAGACAGGAUUAUGUCGAGGCACAGAUCUGGGAAAGGAUACCAAAACAUUUCGGCAGCAUUGAAGGUCCCCAAGAACACAGUGGCCUCCAUCAUUAUUAAAUGGAAGAAUGUUGGAACCACCAAGACUCUUCUUAGAGCUGGCCGCCCGGCCAAACUGAGCAAUCGGGGGAGAAGGGCCUUGGUCAGGGAGGUAGCCAAGAACCCGAUGGUCACUCUGAUAGAGCCCUAGAGUUCCUCUGUGGAGAUGGGAGAACCUUCCAGAAGGACAACCAUCUCUGCGGCACUCCACCAAUCAGGCUUUAUGGUAGAGUGGCCAGACGGAAGCCACUCCUCAGUAAAAGUCACAUGACAGCCCGCUUGGAGUUGGCCAAAAGGCACCUAAAGGACUCUCAGACCAUGAGAAACAAGAUUCUGGUCUGGUCUGAUGAAACCAAGAUUGAACUCUUUGGCCUGAAUGCCAAGCGUCACGUGUGGAGGAAAACUGGCACCAUCCCUAUGGUGAAGCAUGGUGGUGGUAGCAUCAAGCUGUGGGGAUGUUUUUCAGCUGCAGGGACUGGGAGAUUAGUCAGGAUCGAGGGAAAGAUGAACAGAGCAAAGUACAGCGAGAUCCUUGAUGAAAACCUGCUCCAGACCGCUCAGGACCUCAGACUGGGGUGAAGGUUCACCUUCCAAUAGGACAACGACCCUAAGCACACAGCCAUGACAACGCAGGAUUGGCUUUGGGACACGUCUCUGAAUGUCCUUGAGUGACCCAGCUGGAGCCCGGACUUGAACCCGAUCUAACAUUUCUGGAGAGACCUGAAAAUAGCUGUGCAGCAACGCUCACCAUCCAACUUGACAGAGCUUGAGAAAAUCUGCAGAGAAGAAUGGGAGAAACUCCCCAAAUACAGGUGUGCCAAGCUUGUAGUGUCAUACCCAAUAAGACUCGAUGCUGUAAUCGCUGCCAAAUGUGCUUAAACAAAGUACUGAACAAAGGGUCUGAAUACCUAUGUAAAUGUGAUAUUUCUGUUUUUUAUUAUUUAUUAAUUGAAACAUUUCUAAAAACCUGUUGUUGCUUUGUCAUUAUGGAGUAUUGUGUGUAGAUUAAUGAGGGGGAAAAAACUAUAUAAUCCAUUUUGAGGCUGUAACGUAACAAAAUGUGGAAAAGGUCAAGGGGUCUGAAUACUUUCCAAAUGCACUGUAAAAGCGUUUCCACUGACAUUUCAUUUGAUUUUUACAGACACUAAAAGAUCCCACCUUGUCUAGCAUAUUUUGUUUUAUCGACAUUUGGAAAGUUAACCGGCAAAUGUUCUGUUUCCAUCAGACCUAUCAUUACAUUUUUUAUCAGACAUGUACACUACCUUUCAAAAGUUUGGGGUCACUUAGAAAUGUCCUUGUUUUUGAAAGAAAAGCAAUUUUUUUGUCCAUUAAAAUAACAUCAAAUUGAUCAGAAAUACAGUGUUGACAUUGUUAAUGUUGUAAAUGGCUAUUGUAGCUGGAAACUGCUGAUUUUAAUGGAAUAUCUACAUAGGUGUACAGAGGCCCAUUAUCAGCAACCAUCAGUCCUGUGUUCCAAUGGCACAUUGUGUUUGCUAAUCCAAGUUUAUCAUUUUAAAAGGCUAAUUGAUCAUUAGAAAACCCUUUUGCAAUUAUGUUAGCACAGCUGAAAACUGUGCUUCUUGAGACUAGUUGAGUAUCUGGAGCAUCAGGAAUUGUGGGUUCGAUUACAGGCUCAAAAUGGCCAGAAACAAAUAACUUUCUUCUGAAACUCGUCAGUCUAUUCUUGCUCUGAGAAAUGAAGGCUAUUCCAUGCGAGAAAUUGCCAAGAAACUGAAGAUCUCAUACAACGCUGUGUACUACUCCCUUCACAGAACAGCGCAAACUGUCUCUAACCAGAAUAGAAAGAGGAGUGGGAGGCCCCAGUGCACAACUGAGCAAGAGGACAAAUACAUUAGUGUCUAGUUUGAGAAACAGGCACCUCACAGGUCCUCAACUGGCAGCUUCAUUAAAUAGUACCCGCAAAACACCAGUCUCAACGUCAACAGUGAAGAGGCGACUCUGGGAUGCUGACCUUCUAGGCAGAAUUGCAAAGAAAAAGCCAUAUCUCAGACUGGCCAAUAAAAAGAAAAGAUUAAGAAUUAAGAUGCUCUUAGUUUGAUGUAAAUGUGUUUAAUUCACUUGUUGCAUAGUAUUUGUAACAACUACAAUCUAAGUGGGCUAUGUAUGAACAGUCCGUUCUUAAAUAUGGUUAGCAGCAUAAAUAUUUUUGGUUUCCCCUUAUCAUAUCCUGCCCUCUGCCCUUACCUUACUGUUCUCAAUCAAAAUACUUACAUUUAGCUGACAAAGAAAACUUAUAAUUUCCCUACCUGGGAUUUUACUAGCUGUGAUCACAAUGGCACAACAUCACAAUGUGCUAACACAAAGGGGGACUCUUAUUUCUAGUAAUGAAUUGAGUAAUGAAUUAAAGUCACACUGUACAUCAGGGGCGGUGUGUUCAAUAGGGCGAUAUGGGCGACGCACUGCCAAACGGGAAAAGGAAGGGAUUUUUUUUCUAAUCAAUUAUAUCACGGCAACAGUAGUUAUCAGUGUUCUAAUCUGAUCUGACUGCCACUAAAUGUCAAAUCAGGCUAAAGUCGUGCUUCAAAUGGCCCCGCCCGUUUUUGGGGCGAUUUCAGUCAUGUUGAAAAUCGCCCAGAAGUCUGUCAUAGACUCCCAUGUAAAAUCUAUUUUUUUCAAAUUUCAAAGCUUUCAAUACAAUCUCUAUGGGUGUCUGUGGGCUUGCACUUACGCGCUUUCGUCAUACGUGACGUAACCAUGAACGUAACUAAGAAAAUAGCGGCUAGCAGCGUCUCUGUUGCGACCUGCAGUGUGGCGUUAUCUUAUGUUUUUAAUUUGUACACUUAGUGGCGUUAUUUUAUGUUUUUAAUUUGUACACUUAGUUUACAAACAUUCUGCCAACCAUGGAUUUCCAGUGGUGGGUUUUGGACUGAUCUUGUUGAUCGUGUACAUACCCGCUACGAACGGACUAAAUAAUGAAAACGCUGCUGGCAGCGGAAUCCAAUACAGCUGGGAGACUUGGCUGGAUGACAGAGUCCCGGACAGAGAAGUGGAGCCGGCCGGCUUCACCCUGGUCAGAGCGGACCGCGAUCUGACACAGUCACAGGGAAAAUCGAUCCUGGUAAGAGAGCGACUCUGUACCCCCGACAUUGAACUGCUUUCUGUGUCACUGCGACCUUACUAUCUGCCCCGUGAGUUCCCCCAAUUGUUUGUUACCGUUGUGUACUGUUGAUAAUCACAAGUUUACUGGAGAACUGAGACCAAGUAGAGACUUUGGACAGGGUGGAUAUGGUAUAAUAAAGGCAGUUUAUUCAGAGGUAUAGAUAUCUGGAAUCGCGUGCACGGACUCGUUCGUCAAACUCUUAGGGAGCUAUCUGAAGAGAGCCCCGAAAACAUUGUGUGCAGACAUUUUAUACAAUAAAUGAUGUAGGUUGAAUCUAGUAGUUCUGAUCUUCUGAUUGGUCCUGAUGAGUUGGGCGAGGUCCCCUCCACUGUUGCAUUGGCUCUGAGUCGGGUUCUCUGUCUUCAAAUGUUCAGCCUAAAGAGAGGGGAUUUUUGUGUGUGUGUGUGUGUGUGUUUAACAGUGAUGAUGUGUGUGUGUGUGUGUGUGUGUUAUCAGUGAUGAUGUGUGUGUGUGUGUGUGUGUGUGUGUGUGUGUGUGUCCUCAGAGCAAGAACUCGUGAGUUGGAAGAACUGAGAGACCUAUGGCGUGGGUGUUGUCCUUGGCCACCUGCUGACAAGGCUGACAAGAUAGGACUCUUUUGUCCAUUGUUAUAGGAUAGGAACAGCAUUGAUUGAAAACAAACGCCCAACACAAAAUGGGUCAUGCACAAGAUUUUAGUCAGACCAAGCUAUAACAUUAUAUAUUUACUACGACAGUACAUUCAACCAAAAGCUAAUAUAACAAAGGCAUCAGAGAUUAUUUAUAAUCUGUCACAGAAACUGGAAUCCAUCUCCCCAGAUCAGUCAAUAAAUGCUUCUGGUAUUGAUUUAUAUGCUGCCCCUGUCUUCAUGUUGUUGCUGGACAUAUCUUUUUUUAAAUGUGUGUAGGUCACCUAAAUCAUCAGAAAAAUUGCCCCUCCUGAGAAUUUUUUCAGGAGCCGCCACUGCUGUACAUACCAUCAAUAAGUGGGCUAUUAACAAAAACAAUAGUGCAAAUACAUCCCAUCAGAUGUUCCCAUGCAAAUAACAUGUAUAUGAUGUAUCUGUAGUAUUCAAGGAAUAACAUUCCAUGAGAGCAACAUUAUCUUUUACAAACAUGAUUUAAAGCUCUACAUAAUUUGGCUACAAUUCAAAGCUACCUUUUUUGGUAAUUAUCAGGUAGAACAAACCUAAUCCCAUUGAGGUAUUUCUUCUAAAUUAAGGGGUGUAUUUAGUCAGUUGAAAUUACUUGAAAUCUUAAUCUUAGACUGUGGCUUUAAAAUCUUUCUCUCAGGGUUUUAUUAUAUUACUGCUUCUCCUUACACAUUCACACUGAGUUAUCAGGCCAAGAAAGACCAUUUUGAAGCGGUCUUAGUCAAUGGUAGUGAAGCUGUCUCAAUGGUAGUGGUUAAUCACAUGCAUGCACUAUUCAUGCUUAACUGGUUAUAACACGCUUAUACAUACGUUUACAAAUUGUCCUCACAGCUUAUUACACUGACUUCCUAUAACAAGUUUAGUUGAUUCCAUUCAUAGCUACCUGAUGCCAUAUUGACUUAUCAGUGCUGAUUCAGUUCCCCUGUUAUUCUAUUUUCUAACAGCGAAAAAGGCCAGUGAGCAGGUAGAGGUUGAGAUUGAGCCCAUGGCUCCUCAGACACAUUCUCCAGAAAACUCUCCCUCAGACAACUUCACUGAGUCCGGCCCUCCUCUGGGAGGUGCUCCAGGAAAAACCAAGAGACCAGCAAACAGCGGCAGUGUCUCCAGGAAACCCUCUGAGGAUACGCCCCCUGUCAAACUACCAACCCCCCCCAAAUCCAGCCCCUCUCCGUCCCCUGAGGUCCCAAACACCUCAGCCUCCAGACACCACGAAACAGGGGCCCUGAGGAUCGUCAAGACCUCCUUCACCAUCCCCAAGAAGCAGCCUGUCACCCCCACUCCACCCUCACCUUUGCCCCCAGUCCCACUGAAUGAAACCAGGACCCUGCCUGUGUCCCCAGCCCCAAUCGCCCCUUCCUCCAGACCCCCCCAGCCAGCCAACAACCAGGUCAGGCAGAGCAUCCAACGCUCUCUCACCAACAUCCUGUUCAAGAGGUGAAUAUAGAAAGAUGCAAGCAUAUAGAGAUGGUGGAUACCAUUUCUCUCUCGCUUUCUCUCUCUCUCUCUCUCUCUCUCUCUCUCUCUCACACACACACACGCUGGAUGACAUUGAUUGACAAAGCAGCAUUGCUUGAGCUCUUUUGAGUGUAGGACAACAUUUUUAUUGAAAGAUGACUAAUUGCAUUUUGAUUUUAUAAGGGUGUGCGACUGUGACGAUUUGGAGAGGUCUGAGAGUGAAGUGGGAAAGCUGGUCACCAACAUCGAGACGGAAAUGUUUAACAUAUUUAACAAUACAGACAGCAAGUACAUGAACAAGUACCGAACCAUCAUGUUCAACCUUAAAGACCCCAAAAAUAAGGUUGGUCUUCAGAUGGCAGAAAAAACACGUGCCUUAUCAUACGAAUACAAUCUCAACUCCAGUUAUACAAUACAAUUAUCUGCUAUACAGAUUCAUUCAAAAAGUUGUCAAAACCACUAUUCAAUUUAACAAAUAUGCCCAUGUCACAAAGUAGACUUCUAGUUCACCAUGUGGUUGUACGCUUCACUGAUUGUCUCUUAUUUGGGUGGGUCUCCAGGGUUUGUUCUACAGCGUCAUCCGUGGUGAGGUCAGUCCCUUCAGACUGGCCAGGAUGAGCCAGCGGGACAUGCAGGCCACAAAGGUGUCUGAGCUGAGCAAAAGGGACACUCUAGCGGUAGAGUAUAAUUAUGAUAGCUUCAUCUUAUUUAGUAUGGCAGUCAGUUACACUUUAUUUGGAUAGUCCCAUAUACAAUAUAUACAAAAGUAUGUGGACACCCCUUCAAAUUAGUGGAUUAGGUUAUUUCAGCCACACCCGUUGCUACAUGUGUAUAAAAUCGAGCACACAGCCAUGCAAUCUCUAUAGUGAAACAUUGGCAGUAGAAUGGCCUUACUGAAGAGCUCAGUGACUUUCAAUGUGGCACCGUCAUAGGAUGCCACCUUUCCAACAAGUCAGUUUGUCAAACUUCUGCCCUGUUAGAGCUGCCCCGGUCAACUGUAAGUGCUGUUAUUGUGAAGUGGAAACGUCUAGGAGCAACAACGGCUCAGCCGCAUAGUGUUAGGCCACAUAAGUUUACAUUUAAGUAAGUUCACAGAACGGGACCGCCAACAGCUGAAGUGUGUAAAGAUCAUCUGUCCUCGGUUGCAACACUCACUACUGAGUUCUAUGAGUUCCAAACGGCCUCUGGAAGCAACGUCUGCACAAGAACUGUUCGUUGAGAGCUUCAUGAAAUGGGUUCCCAUGGCCGAGCAGCUGCACACAAGCCUAAGAUCACCAUGCGCAAUGCCAAGCGUCGGCUGGAGUGGUGUAAAUCUCGCCGCCAUUGGACUCUGGAGCAGUGGAAACACGGUCUCUGGAGUGAUGAAUCACGCUUCACCAUCUGGCAGUCCGACAGACAAAUCUGGGUUUGGCGGAUUCCAGGAGAACGCUAUCUGCAUAAUGCUUAGUGCCAACUGUAAAGUUUGGUGGAGGAGGAAUAAUGGUCUGGGGCUGUUUUUCAAGGUUCGGGCUAGGCCCCUUAGUUCCAGUGAAGGGAAAUCUUAACGCUACAGCAUACAAUUACAUUUUAGACGAUUCUGUGCUUCCAACUUUGUUGCAACAGUUUGGGUAAGGCCCUUUCCUAUUUCAGCAUGACAAUGUCCCUGUGCACAAAAUUAGGUCCAUACAGAAAUGGUUUGUCAAGAUCGGUGUGGAAGAUUUUGACUGGCCUGCACAGAGCCCUGACCUCAACCCCAUCAAACACCUUUGGGAUAAAUUGGAACGCUGACUGGUAGCCAGGCCUAGUCGCCGAACAUCAGUGCCCGACCUCACUAAUGCUCUUGUGGCUGAAUGGAAGCAAGUCCCCCGCAGAAAUGUUCCAACAUCUAGUGGGAAGCCUUCCCGGAAGAGUGGAGGCUGUUAUAGCAGCAAAGCGGGGACCAACUCCAUAUUCAUGCCCAUGAUUUUGGAAUGAGAUGUUCGACGAGCUUGUGUCCACAUACUUUUGGUCAUGUAGUGUAGAUGAUCUACAGAUGGUCAAACUAUCAGCAAACUGUCUGUUGAUAAGCAACUGCUUGGUUAGGGUAAGGUUUAGAAUAAAGGUUAGGGUUUGGUUAAGGGUUUAGUUUAGGGCUAAGGUUAGUGCAUAGUUAGUUGCAAUGUUGUUGACAGUUAUUGAACAUCUACUGAACAUCUACAAAGCAUCUACUAGGGACUAUCCAUAAAAGUGUUACCAAACAAACAUACCUCAAUUAUCAUACGUCAAUGAGAACUGUAUUUAUCAUCCAUAACUUGACAAGUUGAUUGAGUUGCUGUGUUCUAAUUCCCUGAUUGUUGUCGGUGUGUCUUGCAGGUCCAGGAGUCUGGGCCCAAAGCCCCAUGUGUGCUGCCAAAUCAAGCGCCUGAGCCAGUGAAGGUUGACCUACCCAGUCUUCCCUCCAGGACAAAUAGACACAUGGUAUGCACACAAAACAUUAUGAACAUUAACAUUGUGCUCUUUCCUUGACAGACUGACCAGGUGAAUCCAGGUGAAAGCUAUGAUCCCUUAUUGAUGUCACUUGUUAAAUCCACUUCAAUCAGUGUAGAUGAAGGGGAGGAGACAGGUUAAAGAAGGAUUUUUAAGCCUUGAAACAACGGGGGUGGGGGGGUGUACAACUCAAUAUUAGGAAGGUGUUCUUUUUAAAAUGUAUGCCAAACAAAAAACUAUGAUUUCAAAGUUAAACAAAACUCUAUGCACAAGGACGACUUUUAACAAUUUCCAGUGAACAUUUUACAAAAACAUAUUUACUUUACAGAUGCAAAGUUUGGUAUCAAAAUGACGGCACAAACCGCACAAAGCAUCAUUCUGUUACCGUGGAAUUGCUCAUAACCUCCGCAUUUUGCAUGUGGCUGUACCUUUUACGUGUUAUCUAACAUGUAUUGUCUAGUCAUGUUGAUGAAACAAAACAUCUAGGAAUCAGUUCAUCUUCAAAUGUGGCACACAUUUUAUUAGAUUAGUGUGUGUGUGUGUCUCUGUCUGUGCUUGUGUGUCUGUGUCUCUGAGUGUGUGAAUCUGUGUGUAACAUUUUAGUAAACGAGUGUGUGACAUGAUCCUCUUUUCUCAGGAACAGAAGAGCACUCUCCCUGCUGCCCUUAAGGCCAGACCUAGCCAGUCGAGCCAGAGCAGCUCAGUGCCAGACAUCCUCAGCUGCAUGCUGAAAGACACAACUGCCGAGCACAGAGCUCACCUGUUUGACCUCAAGUGCAAGAUCUGCACAGGUAAAUGGAAAAAAGAGAAAGCAAAAUUACAGUGUACACAUCACAACAUCCAACAAACACCAUAAAAUGAUGUUCGCCUUUUGCACUCUUUCAAACUAUGAUAGUGAAGGGCAACAGGGUCGGCUCCAGUGUUGAUAUCAACCACAAUCACUCCCAACGUCAAAUUACUGAUUUAAUGCACUUGUAUUCUGUAGAGGGUAAUGAUGCUGCUAACAGAUGUUUUGUUUGGGUUGGUGUCUGUUUCUGCCCUUCAGGUCAGAUAUCAGUCGAGGAUGAGGAGGAGCCUUUACCCAAGAAGCCUAAACUCUCUGGGUCAUCGCCGUCCUCCACCAAACCAGACGAAUGGAGAGACAGGCCGUCUCGGCCACCCUGGAUGUAUGCCAGAACAGAUCUCAGAACAGAGGAUAGAGGAUGGAGAACUCCAGCAGGAGAUGAAUCACCCCUCCUUGCACCCCCCGACUCCCCCACCAUGGAUUCCCCUGCCUCCCCCAUAAUUGAGGAUGACCCUACCUUAACCAUCAUGGAAUCCCCCACUUCUCCCACAAUGGAAUCUCCAGCUUCUCCAACAAUGGAAUCCCCUGCCUCCCCCAUUUUGGAAUCCCCCGCCUCCCCUAUUCCAGAAAACUGCAAAGCCAAGACACCAUCCAGAAUGUAUACCCCAGUCAUGAUCCCGGCUGUUUCUACGGUAACCAUCACAAGGUGUGACCCCCGCACCACUGGCAACCGUUCUGCUGCUCUGUAUGGUGACCCCCGCACCGCUGGCAACUGCACUCCCGCCAUGGCAAGUGUCGCCUUGUCUACAGCCCCACCUCCACCAGUCUCUUAUGUCCCUGCGAAACAGAGUGGUACUCUGAGCAAGCCAUUCAUGCCCUUGCCACCACCCCCAUCCCUGCCACCAAUUCCAGCAUUACCCAAAUCUAUUCUGAUGAAGCCAUCCUCCUCAUCGUUCUAUGGUUCAUCUGGAUCAUCUGCAUCCUCUUCAAGGUAUCUCCUCUCAGCUUGCCAAAAUCACUACAAGUGAACCUUGAUAAGAAAGGGUUUUAAGAAAAUUAGUGCAUGUUCAUUUCAGUCAUAAUAUGAAUCUUGUUUCGUCCUCUGUGCAUGAGCUAUAUUUGCUUUACAGCUGAGUGAAUCGGCAGUAGUGAACUCUCAUUGUGAUGUUGUGUUUGCAGGUCUGUGAACUCCCACUCCCCUCCAGACGGGGAGACGGUCCAGUUCCUGGCCAAGCAGGAAGUAGUGUGGAAGGGCUUCCUCAACAUGAUCAGCGUAGCCAAGUUUGUCACCAAGGGCUAUCUGGUCUCAGGGCCCUCCGAAUAUCUCAAAGAGGUAACAAAUAUAACAGAACAGAACUUUGGUACCGUGACUGCAGGAGGAAAAAAUAGGCGAGCAUUGUCAGAUACAGUAUUUUUGGAUAGUUUAUUUAUGAACAUUUAAGACAAUACAUAAACAAACAACAUAGCAGUUCUGGCUAUGUGGAUAUUAACAACAAGUUUAUUUUGUUCAGGAUCUGCCUGAUACCAUCCAGAUUGGUGGAAGAAUCAUGCCUCAAACUGUGUGGGACUACAUCGGUAGAGUGAAGACCUCUGUUACAAAGGCAAGCCCUCCCUCUGUCAUUAUGGAAAAACCUAUACAAUUUAGAUAGGGUCUGUGUAUGUGUUGGUAUGUCAAUGUUAAGAGAUGAUUAUUGGUCCACAGGAGCUGUGUGUGAUCCGGUUCCACCCAGCGACAGAGGAGGAGGAGGUGGCCUACGUGUCUCUGUUCUCCUACUUCAGCAGCAGACGGCGCUUCGGGGUGGUGGCCAACAAAAGCCGCAGCAUCAAGGAUAUCUACCUCAUCCCAGUCAGCGCAAAGGAGUCCUUUCCAUCCAAACUCCAACCCUUCGAGGGAUCAGGUAAGAAAAUGCAGUCAUUUAGGCCAACAUGUAGAAGGCUACACAUAUUGCAUACUGAAUUUUGCACACAUAAGCAUUAUUUAAGAAAACAUUCUAAACUAAUCUCCCUACACCCUCUUUAUCUAACAGGCCUUGAGAAAAAUCGCCCCAAUCUUCUUCUGGGACUGGUUAUUUGCCAGAAACCCAAACGUGUGGGAAGCGUGCCACAAGAGGUUGAAGAGAAGAGACCCAAGAUCCACAUGUCCAAAGAACCCAGAAAUACUAGCCUCCCUAGACCCCCUACACUGUAUGGGUCUGACCCUAGAAUGGAGGAAUUCCUGCCCUACAACCCAGAGAUGCCCAUUAUGUCCACCCCUCCUGGUUCCCCUCCUUCCACUGGAUCCCUGUCACACUCCUCCUCCUCUGGCUCACUGACUAUCCCAUCACUCCCGUCCUCCAUUAGAGCUGCUCCGCCUGCUUCUGCCCCUCCCCCCACCACUAGCUCCUCCGCUGCACCUAGCAGCACCGCCACCACUCCCCUGCAGACCAUCCUGAAGUCACUGUUUGGGAAGGACUCUCCUGCAGUCCCAGCAGUUGCAGAAGUGCCCCCUCCAUCCACUCUGCCCCCUCCCCCAAUGGUGGAUCCAAUAGUCCAGCAGUACGGGAAGAAAUCCAAAGUCAAAGAGAUUGAGGAGGAGGAAAAUGAAUAUGAUCGACCAUACGACCCAGAGGAAGCGUAUGAUCCAGCAAUGGGCUAUGGAUUGGUUGCCCCAAUUAGUACGGUUAAAAUGUUUGCGGCGAAAGCUGCCGCUCAGGCCAUGUGUGCUGAGGAUGAUGACGUGGCAUAUGACCCUGAAGAUGAGACUAUCUUUGAGGAUAUGCACAAUGAUGGGGUCAGUGUAGCGAAAGCCCCAGUCCCAGCUCCAACUUCAGCCCCAGCUCCAGCUCCUACCCCAGUACAAGCCCCAGUCCCAGCUCCCACUCCAGCCCCUCUGAGCCUCCCCAUUACUGGUGAUGUAAUUGUCUCAGCCGCUACUCUGACUGAACAACAGCGAAUGCUUGAGGAGCUCAACAGGCAGAUCGAGGAGCAGAAACGGCAGUUGAAGGAGCAGGAGUGGGCACUGCAUCAGCAGAGAGAGGCAGUGGGCAUGUUCAUGGCCCACUUCUCUGUUUCCGAUGCCUUGAUGUCUCCCCCUCCUAAAUCUGGGCUGUCUCAAUUCCAAAAACAGCAGACUGAAGGAGAGCAGUCUGAGGCAAAUCCUUCAGUGAAUCAAAAAGCUUUAAAAGGUAUCUUGAAAACAGAAGUACCAAUAAAACUAGAGAUUAAGAGCGAGACCAAGACUGUACCUCUUUCUGAGUCAAGUAAUUUGGAAAUGCCCAAUGCAUCACCGAACCGGGUAAAUAUUCAGGCAACAGACAAUUCAGAUCCUGAAGCUGGUGAGAUUCAGGACUCUGAUGUAGCUUACGACCCAGAGGAUGACACUAUCUUUGAUGAACUGCAAGACACGAAUGGAGAAGAGAAGGCGAAAACCUCAACUCGAUCACAUUCAGUAAGGCGUUCUGAGCGCUCUCGUGAUUCCUCAGUGUCUAGCUCGUGUCGUGGCACAUCGCGCAAUGACACCCCUGAUAGGAGGCGUAAGCAUAGCAGCCAACCAGAUACUCACUCACCGAAAAGACGGGACCGUAAAGUCAAGGACCGCCACGAAAGCCCUCCUCGUAGAUCUGGCAGGCGGUCCCCUGGACGCUCUGAUAGACGAAGGGACAGACACAGACGGGGUGAGAGGAGCCAACCAUAUCACAGAUAUUGUGACCACUCUGAGCGCCCAGGCCGCCAUCUCCCUCAUAAAGAGCGCACAUCUCGACGCAGCUCUGGUAGCCAUAGAAGAUCCCCAUCUACACCAAGACAAAAACUAGAUUCUGCCUCUAGGGGAGUCUCAAAGGGUCAAAGGGAGUCUUUUCCUCCACUAGUGUCAGAAGACUCCAAGGGUCCAGAGGCUCCUGAAGACAUGGUUCCUACGAGGCCAACUCCAGCACUGGUCAUGGAGGCUAAUGACUCACCUCAGCCCCCUCUUGAUAGAAAGGACAUUAAUGAAUCACUGUGUGAGUCUGGAAGUCCACCACAGGGAGAGAUUGAGUACACAGGCCAUCAAAUGCCCCAUGGAAAUCCCACUCCCCAGCAACCUGGGGAUCAACAACCUCCUCAAAGCUUGCUGGGAUCACCACCAAGAGGCCUCAACAACCAGCAAGUACUCAAUUUACAGCGUCAAGACAAUAGGGAUAGGCCCUCUCAACAGGAAAUAAUAGAGCAACGCAUUGUACAGAGCCCAUCAGACAUUAUGAGAGAGAAACAGUUUUCCUCACAAGGUCCUCCCCACAAGGCGUCUCCAAACCAAGGACCAGAUAUGAUAGGACCAGGGCAAGACAUGAGGGGUGAAAGGAGAGGGCUGCAAAUGAGGCAUCCAGGUCCAAAUAUCAGAGGUACCAGAACCAGACAUGAAAAGUCCCGAUAUGACAACUAA